CGCGUUCAGUGACUCGCGCGUGCAGAGCGAGUUCAAUCUCGCGACCCUCAAAUCGCUGCUGGGGAAGCGCGUUUUAGGGAUUUUGCUCUUUCAGGAUUGGUUUGCUCCGCUUGAGUUUGAUUCGUGUGGAAAAUGGACCCUCGGAAAGUGACAGAGUUAAAGGCCUUUGUGCAGUUGUGCAAUGAGAAUCCAUCAGUGCUGCAUCUGCCAGAGAUGAGCUUCUUUAAAACCUGGCUGCUGGGAAUGGGAGCAAGUAUACCAUCACCAACAAUGAAUGACAGCUCAUCAUGCAAGGGAAGCUGUCCAUGUGAUGGAGGCGCAAAAAAAGCAGCACCGAAACCCGAACCAGCCCCGCCGUCUGAGAGCGAGGAAAGCGAAAUUGAAAUCGACAAUGAAGGAGUGAUUGAGCCUGACACAGAUGAUCCUCAAGAGAUGGGGGACUUUGAAAACUUGGAGGUCACAGAAGAGAUGAUGGACCAGGCCAAUGAGAAGAAAACUGAGGCCAUCGAUGCGUUAGGAGAUGGUGAUCUACAAAAAGCUCUAGACCUCUUCACUGAGGCCAUCAAACUCAACCCAAAAUUGGCCAUUUUGUACGCCAAAAGAGCCAGUGUUUAUGUGAAGAUGCAGAAACCCAACGCUGCCAUCAGAGACUGUGACCGGGCUAUCAGCAUCAACCCAGACUCUGCCCAGCCGUAUAAAUGGAGAGGGAAAGCACACAAGUUGCUUGGCCAUUGGGAGGAGUCUGCUCGAGAUUUGGCCAUGGCCUGUAAGCUGGACUAUGAUGAAGAGGCCAGUGCCAUGCUCAAAGAAGUCCAGCCAAAGGCCAACAAAAUUAUUGAUCACCGGCGCAAAUAUGAACGCAAGCGCGAAGAACGAGAGAUCCGAGCCCGACAGGAGCGAGUGAAGAAAGCGAGGGAGGAGCACGAGAGAGCACAGCGGGAAGAGGAAGCCAGACAACAGGCUGGAGGUGGAGGAGGAGGAGCCGGAGCAGGAGGAUUCCCAGGAUUUCCAGGAGGUGCCGGUUUUCCAGGUGGAAUGCCUGGAUUUAACAACCUAUUUAAUGACCCAGAGGUCCUCAUGGCUAUGCAGGACCCAGAGGUGAUGGCAGCGUUCCAGGAUGUGGCGCAAAACCCCGCCAACAUUGCCAAGUACCAGAGCAACCCGAAAAUCAUGGCCCUGAUCAACAAACUCAGCUCCAAAUUUGCCGGCCCUCAGCCCUAAACUAUAAUAAUAAUGGCAAAAAGAGUUCAUGUCCGGUUCCAAUACUCUGCUGUAGCUUUUUCACUCUGGGUUUCUUGCCGUAAUUUACCAACAGCGCUUAGCUGGAGAUACUGACUGUUUACGAAAGCAGAAGAAACUAUGAAAGAGUAUCGGAACUAGGCCAGAGAGAUGGGAGGGGUGCGGGGUGUCGACUGAGAGACGCAUGACGCAAUUACAAUCGAGUUUAUUUUCUAAACGUUUUGUUGGGAAUGAAGUAUUUUUGUGGGCUUCACCGAGCUCAACAUAUUUAGCACUUGAUUUUGGAUUGGAGAGACUAUUCUAGCUGCAUUUAACAAAAGCAGUCGAUCAUUCCUGACGUUUAGUCUAUUAACCAUCACAACAUUAGACUGGAGAACUGCUCUGAUGUUGGGUUGCUUGCUGCAGAUUGAUCAAGUCUAGUAGGUCUAUGUUUGGCUCAAGACUGGGUUUAGACUAAAAUCUUUUUUUUUUUUUUUGUCUAAUCAGUCUUUCACUUCCCGGGUUUCCCUUAAAUGGUAUUUCAUUAUUUUUGUUAUCAUUAUUAUUCAUCUCCUCUCCCUCUGUGUAAUCUGACAUUGUUUUCUUAAUUCAUUGUUUCUCUCUUGUCAAUGCAAAAGCAUUCAAUUCAAUCAUAAUCGACUUUCUCAUCGUGGCAAAUUUGCAUCUUAUGGAAUUUCAUGAUGAUUUCAUUCAAUAAACAUUUUGGUUGUUGCAAAUCUAAAA